UUUCUCAGCAUGCAGAAGUAUGUGAACUCACAGUAGGUGAUAAGAAUUGUUCUGCAAAGAAAAUGGAUAUAAGUACCUUUGUAGAAAGUAAUAUGGCUGGAAGUGAAAGUACGAUUGCAGUUCACUUAAAAGAAGACUUUGAUCUGACUUCAGCUGAGGUUCAGUCUGGAGUAUUGCAUUGUCCUCUGUGCCUCUACUACACCAAGCACAAAAGCAGAAUGGUCAAUCAUGUUCUGGAGCACAAAAAUGGGCAGCUGCCUUAUGUGGAAGAAUGUCAACUUGAACUGAUGCAUUUUUUUCCUGGGAAGGUAUACUGUUGUGAUUGGUGUACAUUCGUUACACUUAGUCAGGACACCCUAACACAUCACAUGGACACCCAUAGCCCAGUGAAACCAUAUAAAUGUCGUCUCUGUUUCUUUGAAACUAGACUACAGACAGAGCUGGAGACUCACCUGAAGGAGCAGCACAAGGUGAAAUGCAACUUUGAUCUGGUUGGUGCGGUGAACCUAAAUGAAGCAGACCUAGUUUUUGAAAUUGAAGCGUUUCAAAGGAAGAGACUCAAGAAAAUCCAGUGUGAACAAAGAAUUCAAAGGUGCACAAGACAUAAUUGUUCAACUAAAGCAACCCGAUUUCCCUGUGAAUUUUGUGGUCGAAGGUUCCUGGAUCGCUCAGAAUGGAAAUGUCACGUUCAGAGACACUCCCUUGGGAGCUGAUGAGGACAUAUUGAGAGGAAACCAGAAAGACGAAUUUGUGAAUGAAGACCAGAAAUCUCAAAAUCUUCAGGCAAACAAGACCCUUUCUGUUCCAAAUACUGUCAGUGAGUUUUUGUCGAUCACUGUUGUGGUUCUUGUUGAAACACCUGAGGAAUAAAUGCAAAAUUGUGUUCUUUUUGCAUUUUUUUUUUUGAUUAAUGUGGUGAACAAUAACCUUGGAAGACCUAUAAAUAGAGAGUGCGUGUUUUAUAACUCUAUGAAAAGUUAUGACACAUGUUUGAAUAAAACAUUUUUUCCCCACAGCAGUGAUUUGUCAACUAGAAUUUGCCUUUGUUGUGAAAUUAAUUUAAGCAGUUAGUAUUUCUAUAUCUCCAGCCUUCUGGCAUAUUAUAACUAGGAAGUGUUGUGACCUGAUAUUUAUGGUGGGAAUUUAUAAUGUCUGUGUAUAAAAUAUCUGCUCAUUGAAUUUGCAUCUUUGAUUAUGAUUGGCUAAUCAUAAUUACAAUUAUUGUUGCACUGGUUCUAGCAGCUGUCAUUCUAGAAUAAAUACUAAAACUGAUUAAAUGUAGCUACUAUAAAUUGACCAAAAGUUCACAUCAAGACACUUCUUGAAAAUUAUCUACUUUUAUUGAAGUUCACAACAAGACCUGCAUGUGUGUUGAUGAGCAUUUUCCAAUACAUGCAAGCAUUUAUUUUUCCAUGCCUGGCAGAUUAUUAAGAUAUUAAAAUACACUGAAGAAAUCACAGCAAAUUCUCAACCAGACAACAUUUUUGCUAAAGUGUAAUAACUUCCACUGAGAUAAGGACAGUUGCUUCACUUUAUCAGAAGUAGAGAUGCAAAUUUACUGUGGUGACAAAAUUAACAUAUUGUUGACCUCUGUAGUAGUUUCAUAACUCUAGAUGAUGGUGAACCUGAGAUCGCGAGACAUCUUUUCUACAGAUGUACCCAGAAAACCUUAAACAGCAUUUGUUCCCUUUACUUUAUCUUUCACUCAACGCACACAAACCUGUGGAAGAAAGCUUUCAAAAUUAAACAUAAAUUUGAUGUUUAAAGUUAUGUUCCUAUGUGCAUUCAGUGGUUUUCAACUAAUUUGAUUAAAAAUGCACAUUUUAUGCAUUCAGUUCCAUUUCUAAUCUACGUACUUUUCAGUGUGUAAUCUCUUCACACAUGUCACCCUUCCCAAGAUUAAAAUAUGAAUUUUUGGGUUUAAAAAAUUAAAUGGUAGAGCUAUACAGUAGAAAUUGAGAGCUAGCAAACCAGCUAAUCUUUAAUUUCAUUUAAUGUUUAUGUUUGUAAUAGUUUGAUUCAAAUGGCAUUUUGAAUUUAAUGAAUUUCCUGCCAAGUGCACUGUUUAAGAAUUUUGGCAGUUUUCUUAUGGAUGGUUGUUUUAGUUGUACUGAUGGGAUUUACAGAACGACAAAAUACUGAAGUUCUCUAGUAUUGGAGCGAAAGUCUGCCUUUAGAAUAACUGUUAACUUGGAUUUAAUUUCUGUUGAAAUAAAAUGUUUUUGUGUUAAAUUGAGUAUUUCAGUGCUCA